AUUUCAAAUUCAAUGUUUUAUAAGUUAGUUUAAAUACCUAAAAUUUUAGGCUAAUGCCUUGAAAAUAAAUACAGUUCAUUUAGUUAUAUCAAGUGUGACAAUGAGUAAUUCAGAUAUAAAUAACUUUAUGAAAAGAGCUCUUGAAUUAGCUUCAGAAGCACUAGCUGCUCAGGAAGUUCCUGUAGGAUGUGUUUUCACUUAUGAGGGAACCAUAGUUGCUGAAUCUAGAAAUAGUGUAAAUAUAACCCACAAUCCGACAAGGCACGCAGAAAUCAAUUGUAUAGAUUUUCUGUUAGAUUACUGUAGAAAUAAUAACAUUAAUUAUGAGCAUUACUUCAAAGAUAUAGUCGUUUUUGUUACUGUUGAACCAUGUAUCAUGUGUGCUGCAGCUUUAAAUAAUUUGAAGGUUAAGGAGGUUGUGUACGGCUGUGCCAAUGAUAGAUUUGGUGGUAAGACAGUAUUGAAUGUAAGUGACUUUUACAAACAUGAUUACAUAUUAAGGGGACAUCUAUUGGCUGAUGAAGCUAUGGCAUUAUUGAAACAAUUUUACAAGGGUACCAAUCCAAAUGCACCAGAAUCUAAAGUAAAAAAAGCUAAACAAUAAUUUCUUAUAAUUGUCAAUUUGUUUAUAACAUCAUUAUAAUAUUAUAAAUAAGGAUAAUAUAUAUUAUUUUGUAAGAAUUUUUUUAUUGUUGUGCAUGUAGUAUGCUGUUAUUUAAAUAUUCUCACUAAAAGAGAAUUAGUCAAGUGCUAAUUAAUCAUAAAAGUAAGUUAAAAUAUUAUUACAUAUAAGCAAUUAGGAUUUAUAAAUAGGCCUUGCUAUUAAAGCAAA